UUGUAAAACUGAACAGAUGAUGUCAAACGACGAAAACUGUACACUUUCCGGGCAAAACGAUCGGGACUGUUUAGUCACGUGGCUAGAAGAAAUCCUGCUUUGCACGAUUUUAAACGUUAUUUUGCACAUUAAUCUGUGUGAUAAAUGUAUCUUAAGAUCACAAGACAUUGAUUGAUUUUCGAAUUUAUCUAUUUGGACUUUGCAUAUAUAUUUAUUGAAUUGAUAAAUCGUUUAUUCCUCGUCCAGAGUGUUGCCCUGUUUAGUGAGAUGAAUUUAUUAUUCUUUCUUGGUUUUAAUAUUUUCCCAUUAAUUAUUGCUCACAAUUGUGAUUCUAAUGGGCAACCACACGAAAGUCAUGUGCAGGUAUCACCUACAGUUGGUAUGCCGUGGCCUCUUCCUCAACAGUAUGUAGUUUAUAAAUCGUACAUGGGAUUCAAACCAGAUAAUUUUCAAAUUAUCAACAAUUCUGGGAAUUGUACAAUUCUACUAAAUGCCAUCAAACGAUAUCAACGGUUACUAUUUCUUGACGAGUGUCUUCCUCAAAAUGAAGAUCAGAGCAACUCGAUCGAACACCAAACAAUAAAUUUUAUUAAAAAUGAUAAUUUUGCUGGUUAUUUAUACAAUAUUAGUGUAAAAAUUAAUCACUGUGAACAAUGGCCUCACAUGAAUAUGGAUGAACAGUAUCUUUUAAAAAUAAAUAGUCCUGAUAUUCCUGGACAGGGAUUAUUAUAUAGUAAUUCAGUAUGGGGUGCUUUAAGAGGUUUAGAAACCUUAAGUCAAAUAAUAUACAAGAAUGCAGAUGGAAUGUUUAUUGUUAAUUCUACACUUAUUCUGGAUUAUCCAAGAUUUUCACAUCGUGGUGUUCUUCUUGAUACUUCAAGACAUUUUGUUCCAGUGAAUAUUUUACUGCAAAAUCUGGAUGCUAUGGCACAAAAUAAAAUGAAUGUUUUCCAUUGGCAUAUUGUUGAUGAUCAGUCUUUUCCAUAUGUCAGCAAAGCAUUUCCUAACUUGAGUGCUAAAGGUGCAUUCAAUCCAAAAACACAUAUAUAUUCAGUGUCUGAUGUAGCUAAUGUAAUCAACUAUGCCAGAGAAAGAGGAAUUAGAGUAGUACCCGAAUUUGACACUCCAGGUCAUACAUUAUCUUGGGGAAAGGGACAGCCUGACUUAUUGACACCCUGUUAUAAAAAUGGAGUACCAGACGGUACAUAUGGACCAAUUGAUCCAACUGUAGAAAGUUCAUAUAAAUUUCUUAAUUCAUUCUUCUCAGAAGUUGCAAAAGUUUUUCCAGAUACUUACUUUCAUUUAGGAGGAGAUGAAGUUAGCUUUGAUUGUUGGAAAAGUAAUCCAAAUAUCACUGCUUUUAUGAAAAAACAAAAAUUUGGAGAUGAUUAUUCAAAAUUAGAAGAAUAUUAUGAGACAAGAAUAUUGCAAUUAGCUUCUGCUUUGAAGAAAAGUUAUAUUAUAUGGCAAGAAGUGUUUGAUAAUAAAGUUCAGGUAAAACCAGAUACAGUAAUUCAUGUCUGGAAAAAUCCUCAAGCAGAAGAAUUGACUAAAGUCACAGCUGCUGGUUAUCAUACCUUAUUAUCUACAUGCUGGUACCUUAACUACAUUAAUUAUGGCAAUGAUUGGACAUCAUUUUAUACUUGUGAUCCGUAUGCUUUUAAUGGUACAGAAAAACAAAAAACAUUGGUGUUAGGAGGCGAAGCAUGCAUGUGGGGCGAAUAUGUUGAUGGAAUUAACGUCAUGAGUAGAACAUGGCCGAGGGCUUCGGCGGUUGCGGAGAGAUUGUGGAGUUCCAUAAAUGUAACAAACAUUGCAUCUGCCACGCCACGUCUAGAGGAACACAGAUGUCGAAUGCUUCAGAGAGGACUGAAAGUAGAACCAGUCAAUGGUCCAGGAUUUUGUAAAUGUGAUUAUAUUGCAAAAUGAAAUCAUCAAAAUAUAGAUAUUGAUUAUUAUAAUUAUUAUGUAAUUAAAGUUCCUAUAUAUAGUUAUAAUGUCACUAUUUUAAUAUCAAUACAGUAGAUUAUUUUGAAAACAUUUUAAAGUUAUAAUAAACUUAUAAAGUGCAGAAAAUAAUCUAUAAUAAAUGUUAUAGAUUAUUUUACUUUAUAACAAAUGUUCCAAAAUCAAUAACUGAAUGGGAUUAAAAUAUUAAUAAAAGCAGUUUAAUUAUUGA